CCCAGGACUGGCAAUCCUUCUCACCACCUCAUCACCCCCUUCCCUCCGCUCCGGCCUUCCCUCGACGCAGCCCAUCCUGCCUCCGAGCGCGUCUUCCCUUCGCCGCCACUGCCUGCAGCUCUUGCUGCUGCGGCUGUCGCUCACGCAUUAGCCCUUGCCGUAUCUAUCUUCGCCGCGCGGCCUGCCCGUUCCGCGCCCACUUUGGCCAACUGCCGCACACGCCGCCCGCCUCACCAGCCCUCAUCCCUCCAAGCCGCUUGAUCCAACAUGGUGACUGCGACCAACACGCCGCCGUCGCCCGCGCUUGCGUCUCCGGGCUCAGGGCGGCAGGAGGCCGACACUGACUGGCGCAUCACGACGAAGAUCGCCAAGGCGGAGGCUGAGGGCCGUGUCUGGUGGAGCUUCGAGUACUUCCCGCCUCGCACUGCGCAAGGCCUCACCAACCUCUAUGACCGCAUCGAGCGCAUGGCCGACCUCGGCCCCGCCUUUGUGGACAUCACCUGGAACGCCGGCGGGCGCACGUCGGACCUCACGGCCCAGCUUGUCAAGACGGUGCACACGUACAUCGGUCUCGAGACCUGCAUGCACCUGACGUGCACCAACAUGCCCCGCUCCAAGGUCGACGUGGCCCUGCGCGAGGCCAAGGAGUUUGGCUGCCGCAACAUCCUGGCGCUGCGGGGCGAUCCGCCGGCCGACGGCGGCGCCUGGCAGCGCCACGAGGCGGGCUUCGAGUACGCAAAGGAGCUCGUGGAGUACAUCCGUGAGCACUACGGCGACUACUUCGCCAUCGCCGUUGCCGGAUUUCCCGAGGGCCACCCCGAGGCGCAGGAGGGCCGCGAUCUCGAGAUGGAGCGCCUCAAGGAGAAGAUCGAUGCCGGCGCCGACUUCAUCUUCACGCAGAUGUUCUACGACUACGACAUCUUCGAGCGCUGGGUGAAGAGUGUGCGCGCAGCCGGCAUCACCUGCCCCAUUGUGCCGGGCGUCAUGCCCAUCCAGACGUACGGAGGCUACCAGCGCGCUACGGCCCGCUUCCGCACUGAGGUGCCGCAGUACUUCCACGACGCGCUCGACCCCAUCAAGGACGACGACGCCAAGGUGCGCGAGGUGGGCACCAAGCUGGUCGGCGACAUGUGCCGCAAGAUCGUCGACCCCAAGAACGGACUCGGCAUCUCGGGCCUGCACAUCUACACGAUGAACCUCGAGCGCGGCUCGCGCAUGCUCCUCGACUACCUCGGCCUCUCGCCCAGUGUUCAGCAGACGAAGACGCUGCCGUGGACGCCCUCCCUGACGCCGAAGCGGCGUGACGAGGGCAUUCGCCCGAUCUUCUGGGCGAACCGCGCCAAGUCGUACGUGGACCGGACGGAGACGUGGGACGAGUUCCCCAACGGACGCUGGGGCGACGCGCGCUCGCCGGCGUACGGCGACGUGGACGCGUACGGCGUGAAGCUGCGCUACUCGAACACCGAGGCGGUUGAGCUGUGGGGCAAGCCUGAGAGCCUGGACAAUGUGCGCGACCUCUUUACGCGCUUCUGCGAGGGCAAGGUCAAGGCGCUGCCGUGGAGCGAGACGGGCAUCGCCAAGGAGACGAGCGUCAUCGACGAGAAGCUGCGCGCCAUGAACCGGCGCGGCUACCUGACGAUCAACUCGCAGCCGGCCGUUGAUGGCGCCAGAAGCGAUGACCCCGUCCAUGGAUGGGGCCCCAAGCACGGCUACGUGUACCAGAAGGCCUAUCUGGAGUUCUUCGUCGCCCCAGACCAGGUCGACGCCCUCAUCUCCCGCAUCGAGCGGGACCCGCAGAUGACCUACCACGUCGUCAACGCACGCGGCGACAUGCGCACGAAUACCACGAGCGAGGCGCCGUGUGCCGUGACGUGGGGCUGCUUCCCGCACCAGGAGAUUGUGCAGCCGACCAUUGUCGAGUCCAUCUCCUUCCUGGCGUGGAAGGACGAGGCGUACGAGAUUGGGCGCCACUGGGCGCGCGUGUACGAGGAGGGCAGCGCCACGCGCCAGCUCCUCGAGCAGCUGUUCGACGGCUGGUUCCUGGUCAACGUGGUGCACAACGACUUCAAGAACGCCGACGCCAUCUUUGCGCCCUUCCUCGGCGACGAGGCGCCCGCCGCCUAGGCGCAGCACCCGGCCGCUGCGCGCCGUCCGCAUCAACUGCGGCGGUCCACGUCUGUGGCCUCAGCCCUCGGCCCCCCGCUCGCCCAGCCCGCUAUUGCUCCAUCUGCCCUCGCCCCCUAGUGCCUCUCCCGAAGCUUCCCUGUCACCUGAGUCUCAACGCAUUCAUACACCCCAUCAGCAUACAGCACAUGUACCACCACAUCAGCUUCAACCGCUUGCCGGCUCAACCCAUCCGUUCAUAG